UUGAUUAAUUACGUUUUUCAUAUUAUCGGUACUUUCCAUGCUCGGGCAUUCGUCUCACGAUUCGCGAACGAGAUUAAUCCCGCCGCGCAUGCGCAGAGUGAUUAAAGUUUUCCAGCUUUAAGCUCGUCUCGAAGCGUGAACGGUUUCGUGAGUAAAUUUUCUAUUUGCCGAGCAGUCGGCUUAAUUCUGAAGUUUGAUUUCAUUUGAAUUCAGAACUCAAGCUUUGUAUUUUGUUGAUACAUACGUACAUACCAAUGCGUAAUAUUUGGGCAUGGAAUAAACGCGUGCAACUCGGAUUGCAAAGAUAUAUUGGAUGAAAUAACGCGUGCAUUGACCUUAAUUUUCGUUACGUGAUCCACUUGUAAGUUUCGCAGAUAUUGUGCGCCAUGUACUUUUUCGAUUACCUCUGUGUAUUCGGAGUUCGGAUUGGUUUCGCGAUCGAUGAACUUACACUUACUAUUGAUGUAAUUGUUAGAAGUUGACAUGGUAACUGGAACGAGUUAUUUAUUUCGAUUUAAGUGUGACUUCUUGCGACAAGCGCAUGAAUAAAACGUGUACAAGGAAAAGAAAUUAAUUGGACGAAUUUAAUGCAUAAUUUACAACGCUCGCACAUCGUCGAAUAUUAGUCGAACAAUCUUUAAUAAUGGCAACGCGUGGUAAAAGCAAAAAGAAAACCGUGAAUGGAAAUAAUGGAAAUAAUGAAGACGAUACUAGCAACGGCGAUAAGAACAAAGGAUCAAAAAAGUCGAAAAAAAGCGGUGGAAAAGCACGAUUUACUAUGGACAUCUUCAAUGAAGAGGUGAUGGAAAAUGCUUAUUACACGUGCCACAAUAUCAUGGACGUGCUCAAGUGUCGAGGCUUUCCGUGGCCAGAUGCUCAGAAAAAGAAGAAGGGAAAAAGGAAAUAAACAAAAAUAUCUGAAAAUGUUUGUGUUUUUGAGCAAAAAAUAAUGUUAACAUGGUAUAAAUAUCAAUUUACCAUAAAGCAUAUAUUAACUAAUCUACGUGAAAAUAAUAGCAUUAGCAUUUCUUCUUAAUUCUGAUAUCAACACUUUAGCAUUAGCUUAAUCCAAAACGGUAACAAAAAAUAUAGUUUAUCAUAUUAGAACUAGCUUACACAUUUCUAUGUUUCGGAACUGUAUAAAAAUAUUUCCGAAGUUUUAUAAAUGAAAAUAUAUAAAAUAGGUUUGAACACAUUCACUGUACGUAUACCGCAAGCUAUAUAUUAAUAAACUUCUGUUUAACUUU